UAUCAUUAUCAUGUCAAGACUCAAAUGUCAUUGCCAGAUUUAUAGCGCCGGUUGCGACGCGUUGUGUUUAUACUUUACCUUAUUAUCGUUUUUUUUCAAAUAAAUUGUAAAAUUCACUGUGAACACGGUAUAUGUUCUAAGUUAUAAGAAUUAACAACUUUUGAGAUAUGUAUGUGAUAUUUUCAAGAGUUUAAAACUUUAUUAUCAUGGCGAAACCAAAUGCAAAAGAAACAGUAUUGAAAUAUGAACAUUUUAUCAAUAAUGUGUUAAAAGAAGACCUGCGAAAACUCGAAUUAAGAUUACAGCAAAUUAAUGCUGAAAUAUCAGACCUGGUCCAGCAACAGCAUUGCUUAAAAGUUUUAACAGAUAAAAAUCAGCAUCCUAAUGGUUUUAAAACACAGGUUAACAUUGGAUGUAAUUUCUUCAUGGAAGCCUCAGUUACUGAUACUUCUAAACUGCUUAUGAGCAUCGGAUUAAAUUACUACCUAGAGCUUACACUAGAAGAAGCCUAUAAAUAUUUAGAUGCCAGAAUAAAAGCCUUUGAGCAGAAGUCAGAAGAACUGUGUACAAAAGCUGCUGAAACAAAAGCUCACAUAAAAUUUAUGUUAUUUGGCAUUGGUGAAUUAGAAAAUCAGCCUGGAAAAAACAUUAAUAAAGACUAGAAAUCUUUUGCUUAAUUGUUAAGAUUUGUUUGUAAAUAAUAGUAAAUAUUGUGAUAAAUAAUUAAACAACUUAUUUCCUU